AUGGAAUCUGGCUCACACAGAUUGCCUAAUUUAGCCGGUAUGUCCGAAAUUUACACACUGGAUGCAGCAUUUGAUUUAUCAAAUACUACUUUCACUCCAAAAUCAUCCUACUUUUCACUCCCCAGAUUCAACCUUUUUACACAUCUCUCUCUCUCUCUCUCUAAAUCUGCAAAACAAACAGUCCCUACCAAAUCCUUCGCUUUCCCUGCUAACAUCUCCUCCCUCAUCUUGCCCCAUUCUUCUUCCCCGAAGUCAAGCUCUCACAAGCUUGUUGCUCUCUCGAUCGCCGCCGUCGUCUCCGCACUCGUUGUUCUCGCCAUUGCCGUCUUCUUCUACCGGCGGAGGCGCAGCCGGAGGAGCGACCUCUCUGAAGACAAGACUUUCAGAUCGGAGAACAGCAGUAGGUUGUUUCCGGCCAGCAAUGCUGAGAGGACUAACACUAGGGCGCAGAAGCUGCGGACUGGCUCCGCCGCGAGUUCCGAGUUUCUCUACCUGGGGACUCUGGUCGAUUCGCGGAGGAUCGACGAAGGAGUCAAUCCGAGCAGUAAUGGCGAACGCGAAGACCGGUUUGACGCUCGGAAAAUGGAGUCGCCGGAGCUUCAUCCGCUUCCGCCGCUUGCUCGGCAGAAUUUGGGGCUUAACAGUGGCAACAACGGUACUGAAGUGAAUUCCACUGCCGACGACGAAGAGGAAGAGUUUUACUCUCCGAGAGGGUCUUUGGGCGGACGAGAUAGCUCAAUUGGCACUGGAUCGGGUUCGAGGAGAGCUUUCGCCGCCGUGGCCGGCGAAAAUUUCAAGGGAAGGAACAGUGGUUCUAGUGAAGCUUCGCGCACAUCGUCUUGUUCAGCUUCGCCUGAUCGUUCGCACUCGAUUAGCUACUCUCCGCCUGUGUGUUCUAGUCCCAAAAGAGCAGAAUUCAAGUCUUCCGUGUCUUCAGAUUUACAGGCUCCACCACCACCACCACCACCACAACCACAAAUGGCUAAUGAAAAGACCGUAAUUUCACCCUUUUCUUCUCCUGGGAAAGUUUCAGAGAAGAAUUCAGUUGUUUCACCACGGAUUUCCAAUGUUUCCCAUGAAAAUGUACGGUCUCCUUCGUUAUCUCCGCUUUCUUCUUCGCCAGAUAGAGCUCUGAAAGGAUACACAGGUACAUUUGAUGGAUUUAGGCCAUCUCCUUUACAGUCUUCGGCGUCGUCCUCACCGGAGAGAGGUUUGGAGAAGAUUCCAGAAGCAUCGCUUACAAAGCAAUCUCCCUCUUUGUCAUCUUCAUCGUCGUCAGAGAGAGCUCUCCAGGGACACAGCGAAGUAUCUCCUAGAACAUCAAAUGCUUCCGAAAGGAAGUGGCAGGUUUUUUCGCCGUCUCCACCUUCUCGCUCGCCGGAGCGAGAUUCGCCGAAAAACUCAGAUGCAAAAUCAAUCAUUUCGAAUGAUUCUGUUGGAUUUUCGUUUGGUUUGGAUCCUCAAAGGGGAUCCCUUUCUACAUCUUCGUCCCCGGAGAGAGGUGUGGAGAAGAAUCGCGAUUCAGCAUCGACGGCGUCGGUUGCUUCGGAUCGAAAACGGCUGUCUCCUUCACCGUCUUUAUCUUCUUCCUCGUCAUCAGACAUAGUUCUAGACGAAUAUGCAGAUAAUUCUCCGACAGUACCAAACGCUUCCGAUCAGAAAACGCAGUUUCUUUCGCCGCUUUCUUCUCCCUUGUCCCCAGCGAGAGAUUUAGCCAAGAACCUAGAUAUAUCACCAAGAAUUUCAAACGCUUCAGACGAAUCACUUUAUGAUUUGGAUCCAAAAAGGCGGUCUCUUUCUUCAUCUCCGGCCACUUUCUCACCAGAGAGAGAUUUCCAUAAUAAUUCAGAUGCAUCACCAAGAACAUCCAAUGAUUCUGAUCAAAGUGCAGAGUCUCCAGUGAGAACCAGCACCAGCAGUGCCACAAAGCAGCCUCUUGGUGUUCCCCCGCCACCACCCUUACCGCCACCGCCACCGCUCUCAUUCAGACAAUGGGAUGUUCCAACUCUGGCGACACCCACUGGCCCGCCGCCCCUCUCUAAGCCUCCUGCUCUUAUUCCACCUUCAAGGCCUUUUGUGUUGCAAAAUCCAGCAAAUGUUUCUGUUUCUCCAAUGCAGUUGCCACCCAUAUCUAACUCUGUGGAGAAGGUAGAGGAGACUCCAAAACCAAAGUUAAAGCCUUUACAUUGGGAUAAAGUUAGAGCCAGCUCUGAUCGCGAGAUGGUGUGGGAUCAGCUAAGAUCGAGCUCAUUUAAGUUGAAUGAAGAAAUGAUCGAAACAUUGUUCGUUGUAAACAACCCUAACUUAAAACCGAAGGAAACAACUCCACGCUCGGUUAUUCCAUCGCCAAAUGUAGAGAAUAGAGUACUUGAUCCCAAAAAGUCACAAAAUAUUGCAAUUUCGUUAAGGGCGCUCAAUGUAACUAUAGAGGAAGUAUGUGAAGCCCUUUUAGAAGGUAUAGCCCCCACUUCUUUUGGCUACACGUUUGAACGUGCCUUUUUGUUGUUCUCCCUUUUUAAAGUUUCAUUGUUAAAUAACUGCCUCGAUUUGGUUGCGGUGUUUGCGG